CCAGGUUCCCUAAUGUCUGCAAGUGGGCCUGACACCUCCCCAUCAGGAUACUGAGGGCUGGCAAGGCAGCCUUCAUUUCUGUCCCAGCUGGGGAUGGAAGGACCAGGAGGAGGAUGAGGGGACCGACUACUGGGAGGAGCAAAAUGGGGAGGGGGCUGGGAGAGUGAAUGGGUGGAUUUGUGAUUGGGAAUGAUCCAAAGGAGAGGGGGUAGAGGGAGGGGUGGAAAGGGAAGGGGACUGACCAAAUACAGUGCGAUGGGGCCAGGGCCAGGGGCUGACCUAACCGAGAUGGGGAAGGGGUAAGUCUGGGUCUGGGAAAAACUAAUCCAAAGGCAGAAAGGGAGGGGCGAAAUGGAGGAGGGCACCGUGAACAGAGUAAGGGGGCUGGGAGAGGAAAUUAGAGGGGAGGCGCUGGCCAGCUGGGAAGGCCUGAGCCCUCUCCCCUGGCGGUGGCGCGGGGGGAGGUGGCAGUGUCCAUAUAAAGCGGGUCGGCGGCCCCUGCCGUCCCGGAGUCGCGCGGGCAGGGGCUGCCGCAGUCGAUGGCCGGGCGCAGCGACAUGGAUCCGCCCGCCGCGUUCUCGGGCUUCCCGGCUCUGCCAGCGGUCGCGCCGUCGGGGCCGCCGCCGUCGCCCCUCGCAGGAGCCGAGCCAGGGCGGGAGCCCGAGGAGGCAGCGGCUGGCCGCGGGGAGGCGGCCCCCACGCCCGCGCCCGGCCCAGGGCGGCGGCGGCGGCGGCCCCUGCAGCGCGGGAAGCCUCCCUACUCGUACAUCGCGCUCAUCGCCAUGGCCCUGGCGCACGCCCCGGGUCGCCGCCUCACGCUGGCCGCCAUCUACCGCUUCAUCACCGAGCGCUUUGCCUUCUACCGUGACAGCCCGCGCAAGUGGCAGAACAGCAUCCGCCACAACCUCACGCUCAACGACUGCUUCGUCAAGGUGCCCCGCGAGCCGGGCAAUCCGGGCAAGGGCAACUACUGGACGCUGGACCCCGCGGCCGCCGACAUGUUCGACAACGGCAGUUUCCUGCGGCGCCGCAAGCGCUUCAAGCGCGCCGAGCUGCCCGCUCACCCGGCCGCGCCGCCGGGGCCGCCGCUCCCCUUCCCCUACGCGCCCUACGCGCCCGCGCCCGGCCCAGCGCUGCUGGCGCCGCCGCCCCCUGCCGGCCCGGGCCCCGCGCCGCCUGCGCGCCUGUUCAGCGUCGACAGCCUGGUGAGCCUGCAGCCGGAGCUGGCGGGGCUGGGCGCUCCGGAGCCGCCCUGCUGCGCCGCGCCCGACGCCGCCGCCGCCUUCCCGCCCUGCGCGACCGCCGCCUCCCCGCCACUCUACUCGCAGGCCCCUGACCGCCUGGUGCUGCCCGCGACGCGCCCCGGCCCGCUGCCCGCUGAGCCCCUCCUGGCCUUGGCCGGGCCGGCAGCCGCGCUCGGCCCGCUCACCCCGGGAGAGGCCUACCUGAGGCAGCCGGGCUUCGCGCAGGGGCUGGAGCGCUACCUGUGAGCCUGCGCCACAAGGGAAGGCACCUGUGCGACCUGUCCCGCCCCAGGCCUGCGGCGCCGCCCGCGAGCGCCCCACCUCUGCCCCCACCCUGGCUUGGAGCACACCCAGCGCCUCUCGUCUUGGCCUCCUGGACUCAGACUCCUGCUACACCCUUCUCCGUCCCCCAUCCCUGGGGAGGCUCCCACCAUCUCGCCACCGGACAGAAGCAUCCCCUGUGACCUGCCAGUCUCUCAUUUCUUCUCCCUCCACUUGUGAGCGCCCCCAGCUUUGCGGCGCCCCCCACCCCAGGUUUCCUGGUGAGUUCCAAGCCUUUGCAAGACAGAUCUGUGAUCCCAAGCCGUCUCCUCCACCGACUGCACUUCAUCAACCUUCUCUCAUGUUUUUCCGACACGUUAGAGGUCAGACUCCUGGGUUCAUGACUUACUCGCUAGAGUCCCUUCAUUUCCCUACAAGUUUGCCCCCCACCUCCACUUACCUGUCUGCCCUCAGUUUCUUCCUGGGUAAGAGCCCCCGUUUCACGUAGACACACCUGGCUGCCUUCUUCACGCCCUGAGGACGCUUCUUGGAGAUUUCAGAGACAGGCAGCACCAGGGCUCAUGACUGAAAGGGGAGUUGGUGGGCCUUUAGGUCUGCCCCACUCCCUGGAAAACUUAGGACUUAUUGGGUUAUUAUUAUUUUUAAUUAAAGUUGGUUUAAUUAAAAAGAAAGAAACCUUUUUCUGG